CAGCAGGUGCAGGUCGAGUGGUACCCAGCUCUACUCUACUCAGGCAGCAACAAGAAGGGAAGGGAAGUAGAGAAUGGUGCAGCGCAGCGCUUCAUCCGCCGCGGAGGCCAUGAGCAUGGAUCUCAGCCCCAAGCGCCCCGCCAAGGCCUACUCCGCCGACGGCGGCGCCUACUACGACUGGUCCCCCUCCGACCUCCCCAUGCUCGCCGCCGCCUCCAUCGGCGCCGCCAAGCUCUCCCUCGCCGCCGGCGGCCUCGCCCUCCCCUCCUACUCCGACUCCGCCAAGGUCGCCUACGUCCUCCAGGGCAAGGGCACCUGCGGCCUCCUCCUCCCGGAGGCCACCGCCGAGAAGAUCAUCCCCGUCAAGGAGGGCGACGCGCUCGCGCUCCCCUUCGGCGUCGUCACCUGGUGGCACAACCUCCACGCCGCCGCCACCGACCUCCUCGUCCUCUUCCUCGGGGACACCGCCAAGGCCCACACCCCCGGCCGCUUCACCAACAUGCAGCUCACCGGCUCCAACGGCAUCUUCACCGGCUUCUCCACCGAGUUUGUCGCCCGCGCCUGGGACCUCCCGCAGGACGCCGCCGCCGCGCUGGUGUCCAGCCAGGCCGGGGCUGGCAUCGUCAAGGUCAAGGACGGGCAGAGGAUGCCCGAGGCGUCCGACAAGGAGCGGGAGGGCGUGGUGCUCAACUGCCUGGAGGCGCCGCUGGACGUGGACAUCAAGAACGGCGGGCGCGUGGUGGUGCUGAACACGCAGAACCUGCCGCUGGUGAAGGAGGUGGGGCUGGGCGCGGACCUGGUGAGGAUCGACGGGCACUCCAUGUGCUCGCCGGGGUUCUCGUGCGACUCGGCGUACCAGGUGACGUACAUCGUGCGCGGCGGCGGGCGCGUGCAGGUGGUGGGCAUCGACGGGACGCGCGUGCUGGAGACCCGCGCCGAGGCCGGCUGCCUGUUCAUCGUGCCCAGGUUCUUCGUGGUGUCGAAGAUCGCCGACGAGAGCGGCAUGUCCUGGUUCUCCAUCAUCACCACGCCCAACCCCAUCUUCUCCCACCUGGCCGGGAGGACCUCCGUCUGGAAGGCCAUUUCGCCCGCGGUGCUCGAGGCCUCCUUCAACGCCACCCCCGACAUGGAGAAGCUCUUCCGCUCCAAGAGGCUCGACUCCGAGAUCUUCUUCGCACCCACUCACUAGUUCCAACGCCAAGCUAGCCGCUGCUGCAUGCUGCUAAUAAUCCCCAUCCUAGUCUAGCUAGCUACCACCAUGCAUGCAUGUUUCUUUCUCUUCUUUAUUAGUAGUUCAUCAGUUACGCUGUUUCAUUUCUAUCAAUGGUAGCAAUUAAUAAUUAAUAAGCUCGAGAUGGAAUUAAUGGUA